UCCUCUAUCCUCGAUUCCCCGUGGCGGACUCCAGAGGAGUGGGAAUAAGAAUAAUACAGCGCAUGCUUGUAAUCUUUGUUUAUCGUCGGACCAAUUGUUGUGACAUUGUCGAAAUUCAGCUGAGAAGAGACUGUGUGUUUGUUGGAAAAUUGUAGUGAACGGGCCAGAUCUUGGUUCACUGAAAUUAUGGACGGACUUGAAGACGGUGAAGCCCCUCCUGAAGGUGCCGAAAACGCCCAACAGAAGACAGCAAAUAUUGUCUCUCGCAUGGCACUCGCGCACGAACUAUUGAUGGACGAUUCCUUCAAAAUUCAGUCAGAACUUCCCCAAAACUCGCUGGAAAAACAAGUCAGGGAUGUGGUUCACAAGGCAUUUUGGGAUAAACUUCGUGAAGAACUCAAUCAAGAUCAUCCAGUCUUUAGUCAGGCAUUAUCUUUAAUACAAGAAGUUAAAGAGAACAUGCUAUCAUUACUACUUCCAUAUCACAACUCACUAAGAGCUCACAUAAAUGAAGUUCUCGACCUGGAUCUCAUCACACAGCAGGCUAAUCAUGGCAUUCUGGACAUAUCAAAGCUUGCGGCAUCUGUUGUAGGUAUCCUUAGUAAGAUGUGUGCUCCAGCAAGAGAUGAACAAGUCAAGAAAAUCCUCGAGAAUCAGGACAUUGUGGAACUUUUCAAGUUGUGCUUGCAGACGUUGAUUAUGGAUGAAUCUCGAUUGGCUGAGAUGAGAUGGAGUGUUCGCCGCACCACUCUUAUUGCUUCUGUUCUGUUGGUGACCCUUAAUACCGUGGGUCAGCAGCUGGCUUCAGAUGCAGCUUAUCUGGCUACUCUCAAGGAGGUGCUGUAUAUUCUUUUGGAUGGUGUACCUGAAGGUGACUUCCCUUCUGCUCUGCCUGGAGUUUAUGAACAGAUUGUGCGAGAAACUGAAAAGUUGUUAGAAGCCAGGGGAUUGAGUGAGUUGACUUCACAACAACGGGACCUGCUUAAAGGACAAACUGAAGGAAUGGCAUCUCCAGAGAACACUGUGUUAAACUUGAUCACGACUCGCGUGUACGACUUCAUGUUAAACAGCAUAAAGAGUCGGCUGCUUCAAAAGAGUAGUAGAGAAGCUGGACAGUCUACACAAACCGUCACCAUCCCUCAAGGACUAGCUAGUGUGAACACAGAACUUUCCGAAAUUACUGGCAGGUUUUCACGUGUGGUCAGCCACAAUAUGGCGGUCUUUGCACCCUUUUACGAAGACAUACUAGUUGAGAUCAAAAGCUCUUGACAUUGAUUAAUGAUAGCCAAAAGACAUAUGACAAUGUAGAUUUGUAGUUCGUCAAAGGUGUUUUGGUAUGUUUGCUUAUUUUGUCGCCAUUACAUCAGUAUAACUCCAUUUUUCUUCCCUAACUAGAGGGUAGCAAAGGGUGAGGGCUGGGGGUGUGAUCACGUUUCACGUACGAAUUUUGAUAAAACUCACGACCGUAUACUUUUAGCUUCUGUUGACAAUGUCCUUUUCAUACUGAAAUUUUCGCAUCGCGUUUUUUUCCGUAAGUAACUUUUCAUGCGUCACACACUAAUUUUUGCCCCCAUCAGCUGUCACGCAUUAGCCCUUUGCCACCCACCCUCUAACCAUUUGUGUAAAGACAUAUUUAAUAGUGACUUAAGUGACCCUUUUUUAGCCGCGGGAAGGUUGAAUAGGUUUCUGCCGCCUGUCACACAAUACGGUUCCCCCAUAAAAUAACGAAAAACUAAUAAUUUUGAAUCAAUACUUUUGAACGGUAUUUGCCAAAACAUGAUUGAGUGAUGAUUGGAAAUUAAAUAUAUUCCAGAGUUGAUGUAGUUGUACGUGUUUUUUUAAAUAAUUUUUUUAACUUAUUUAUUUUAUUUUAGAAUCUGAAGGUACGUUAAGUUUGAGAGUUUAUGAGAGAUAUUUUGUUUAUUUCUACAUAUUAUAGAUUUUUUAUUUCGUUCCUUAAUUUAUAAACGUGGCAGUGUUAGUAAUGAGGAACGACAUGAGUAAAAUAUAAAAUACGAUAUAUACUUAGGAGGGUUUUAUUACAUGCAGACUAAGGUAUAGUAAAAUAAACAUGUAUAUUGUUGUAA